AUGAGUCGUCAUGAACGGGAUCUGUACGCCCAAAUAGCCAAUGCAGUGGAGGCUAUGCGAGGACGAGUGGACAAAGUGGUAUAUCAGCGUCCCAGCCAGUUUCCUAAUGCUGUCGCUAAGAUCAUGGAGAAUGGCGCAUUCCGUAUUGUUUUUAGAGAUCAGCGUCGGUUAGUGCAAAAACCAGGCUCGAGAGAGGUACAGUUGCAUUUUCCUGAUGGUAGGAAGGAGGACGUGUCUGACUCGGAUAUGCUAGAUCGAUUCAAUGACGUCAGGAAGUUUUUGCAAAAUGUCGAACGUGUCUGGGAGCGUCAAAUCGGUCUCUUUCCAUUGUCGUUCUGCAUCUCCAGAGAAUCAGCAACUUCUCCACGUGCUGCUCGUUCAGAAGUUCGCGUUCCGCUUGCCACUAUGAAUUCUCAAGCCCAGUCGUUAUUGACGCAACGGUCAGCACCCGCGACCGUAGGGCCGUAUGGGAAGGCUUCGUUGGAGUCCUCCAAAGGAUUGCAUGGAGGAAUGAGAUACAAGAUUAAUAAGAACAAUGAAGUGUGCAGUGUUGAAUCCCCUGAUGGUCGGUAUCUACGUGUGUCAAGUGUUUCAAAGUCCAGGUUUAUCUAUCGAUCAGAGCCGGGGUCAUCUGACCAAAGGUUCCACGUUAGUGAUGAUGUUUACCCUAAAGGAGCGCGUGAACUUUACGAUUGCCUUCAACUGGAAAUCAAACGUCGAGAAGCUCUUCUGUAA